AUUAAAGUCCUGUCUGGAAGCUCCCAAACACAGCCUUAAAGCAGACCCUAGAAAAUUACACAUUUUCCCACCAAAUUUUCCCACACUUUCUUUCCCACAUGAUUUGGGAAAUGGAGAUUGAUGAAUUUGAAGCUGUUCUGGAGAAAAUCUGGGACCUACACGACAAACUGAGUGACGCCAUUCACUCGAUUUCGCGAACGCAUUUUCUUAAUUCCAUCAAAUCCCUAAAGAAAUCGGAGAAGAAGAAACUCUACAGCGAUGUCGCUGAUGAAAACCGGGCCGGAUUCGUGUUCGUGAAGGGGUUUCGGGUCGAUGAUAAUGACUCCGCGAUUAAAGAGGCUAAGAGUUUGAAUGCGAUUAGAACUGCUCUUGAGAACCUCGAAGACCAGCUAGAGUUUCUUCACACUAUACAAGUACAGCAACGGGCAGAGAGAGAUACUGCAAUUGCACGACUAGAACAAAGCCGGAUUGUUCUCGCAAUGAGGUUGGCUGAACACCAUGGUAAGAAGCACAAAGUCAUUGAAGAAGCUUUAGCUUUUGUGGGAGAUGUACAUGAUGCUGCUCACUUUAUUUCACCUGAAAACCUUUACAGUUCCCCAGUAAGUCCAUCUGGUAACUUAGUGACACCUAAGGGGAAGCAGUCUAAUAUGAUUAUCCAAUUUCUCAUAUCAAGUUUCAAUUUUGCGAAGAAUUCCCUUAAAUUGGGUCAUAUGGGUGGAGUACUAGGCAAUGCUGCUAUGGUUGCAGUUAGCAUGAUUGCAUUUCUGCAUCUGCAUCAAGUAGCUUAUAAAGAGCAUCCACAGAAGCAAGAGGAUAAAGUAUACAGCAACAGAAAUGUGAGAAAAGUUUAUCAGCUGGAGGAUUCUUCAUCCUCUGAUGGUCAAUUGAACCACUUGGAUGUGUUGUUAGCCAGGGGUUGAGGUGAAAAUAUUUCUUGGACAGUUUGUCAAAUGAUAAGAGGCCAUUCUGUCAUUUGCUUUUAAGUAGCUGGGCUUGUGUUUUAACACGAUACUUAGUGCAUUUUCCAGAGAGCGCCAGCAUGAUUAUACUCGGUAUUUAACUAUUUUAGUUCUUGAAAAUGUGUUGGGGACAUUCAUAGUCUUGUUCGAAUAGGUGUUGAGAUGCAGAUAGUCAUACAAAUUGUUUGCUGGUUGCGGAUGUAUUGCUCUUUUGUGUUGAUAUUCCCUGUGUAUAUCCCAAGUUUUUAUAUCUGUUAUCUGUAUGUCCAUGCCUACCAUCUAUUUCUAUUCCAUCAUGUUAUUCUCUAUUGUUUGCGUACUUUCGCUACAGACGUCUCCAGAUGCUUGCUAUCUUAAUGUAUUCACUGAUUCUCGAGUUCCAUCUCCUUGUGAGUGCUUGGUGAUUUCAUAAUCUAAUAUUUUUUUUUUUUUCCCGUGACAUGAAGCUUUGAAUUUUCAGUACAAUAAAAUGUCUUGUCA